UAAACAAUGUCGGCACAAUACCAAAAAUUCCUGAAAGUACUUGAAAAGUGGCCAACGGACAAGACAAAAAUUGGCAGGGAUCUCGGGGAGCAGAUUCGCAAACAAGUUACUCGAUUCUCAACCAGCCUAAAUAGCGAAGCGGACAAGGAUCUGGACCGACAGAUUGAGGCGCUGGAGCGGCUGUCGAACAACGUGUACGCCAAGAAGUAUCCACGCAGCCACGAAUCAACGGCCACUGGACUGACGGCCGCACAGUGCAGUCAGGUGUUGAGCUCCGAGUUCCUGCAGUAUCUCAACGACGGAGCGGGCUCAAAGAAGAAAUAACCAUCAUGCUCAAGCGCCUCCUAAUCCCCACUAGAAUAAGGCUAGAAUAUCUAAGACACAACACCAACACAGCAACAGCUGCCGCUCCUCCUACUGGCGCCGCUCCCCAUGUGCCUGUACUCUGCGACACAGCCAUCGAGUACUUGAAGGGGGCACCCGGCAGAACCUUCUUCGACAUGACCUUCGGGGCAGGGGGUCACACGCGACGACUCCUCGAUACCCUGCCCGAUGCCAAAGUCUACGCCUUGGAUCGGGACCCAGUGGCCUACCAGCUGGCGCAGGAUCUGAGCGAAACGGAGGAAUACAAGGGGCGGAUUAUCCCUUUGCUCGGGAAAUUCUCCGACAUCCCACGACUCUUUGCGGAGCAGAACCUGGCCAAGAACUCGAUUGAUGGCAUGCUCUUUGAUUUCGGCUGCAGUUCCAUGCAGUUCGAUGAGGCGGCUCGGGGAUUCUCCAUCUCCCACGAUGGGCCGCUGGACAUGCGCAUGGAUGGGGGUCUCAGUGGCGGCCUGAGUGCCGCUGAUGUUCUGGCCAAAGUUGACGAAGGAGAUCUGGUCAAGAUUCUGCGCAUCUACGGCGAGGAAAAGGCAGCCAAAAAGAUUGCCAGAUACAUAGUGGAUGCCCGCAACGCAAUGAUCAAGAUUGAGACGACGCGACAGCUGGCGAACCUCGUGGAGGAUGCCCUCGACAGUGGCCCGCGCAAGGACAAGCUGCAGCGCCCGGCGCACUCGGCCACCAAGACGUUCCAGGCGCUGCGCAUCUUCGUGAACAACGAGCUCAACGAAAUCAACUACGGCAUGCUGCUGGCCAACGAAAUGCUGCGCCUCGAUGGUCGCCUGGUUACCAUCACCUUUCACUCCCUGGAGGACACCAUUGUCAAGCGGCACAUCAAUGGGCAUGUCGUCGCUGGCGCAGCUAAUCCCCUGCCCCUGAAGUACUCCAGUCACGAGCUCAUCGAUGAUCCCGAAAUGCUUCAAUCCCUGAACGAAAAACACUGGCGGCAGCUCCAUCGGCAUGUCAUUGUGCCAGACCCCGAAGAGGUCUCCCGGAAUAGUCGCAGUCGUUCGGCCAAGCUGCGGGCAGCUGUUAAGAUUAGUGCGCCCCAAGAGUUCUAUGAGGAGAGCAUAGAAUAGGGGAUAGCUUAUCGGUCCAACCAAUUAACACCUUGCUGAUAAGGACUGGUUUCAUGCUAUUUACUGAGGUUCUAUUCUGUUUGCCUUCGUGCAGAAUUGUUUGAGCUCUUUUUUUCUUUUUGUUUAGUCAGAUUAGGAAAACGCUGUUAAUUGUGGCAGGUACAAGUGUUCCGCCUUACAGUGGGUUGCAUGCUAAAGAUCGGGGUUAAAAUAUAUGUUAAACACAAAAAUAUAUUAAAUAUUUGUUGAAAAUG